AUCGAGUUUUGAACUUCUUAUUCACCAGCCUGGAGUUAAAACGUCCCGUUUACAGUCCAUACGCUGGUCGGUUGCUGAUUACUUUUUAAAUGUCUGGGCUCCUGUAGUUAUAAAGUCCUCACCAUGAUGGCCGCCUUUGUGGUCCACGCGGACUACUGAUGACGUAUUUAUGUAACUUUUGACAACUGCGCGAAAUACAAAGCGACGGGAAUUAGAGGCAUCUGUCCGGAUAAACGGAUACAUUGUUACAGUCUGUGGGAUAAACUAGCGGGGGUGAGAACACCGACCUGUUUGUGUGUUUCACUCUCGCUGAUUUGGUCUCCUCUUGUGUAAUGGAGCACGGAAAGGAGAGGGUGGUGGCGUUAGUGGACAUGGACUGCUUUUACGUUCAGGUGGAGCAGAGGAUCGACCCAGCCCUGAGGAAUACUCCCUGUGUGGUGGCUCAGUACAAGACGUGGAAAGGAGGCAGUAUCAUAGCUGUGAGUUACGAGGCCAGGGCCCAUGGUGUCACUAGAAACAUGUGGGUGGACGAUGCAAAGAAACUGUGCCCAGAUCUCCAAGUGGCACGAGUGCGUGAGUCCCAUGGCAAAGCAGACCUGACCCAUUACAGAGAGGCUAGUGUGGAGGUGAUUGAGGUGAUGUCUCGCUUCGCUGUGGUUGAGCGGGCCAGCAUCGAUGAGGCCUACAUGGAUCUGACUGCUACCGUACAGCAGCGGCUGAAAGCAAUGACCGACAAACAAAUUGAUCCUCAACUGCUGAAGGCAACCUACGUUCAGGGUUACCCACAAAGCCUACCAGAACAGGAAGCAUCUGUAGAAGAUGCUGCCUGCGAUAAAGAGGAGCAAAGGUCUAGAGGUCUCCUGCAGUGGCUGGCAUCCUCAUCUGUCUCCCUGCUUGGAGAGCAGAGCUCUGCAGAUCUGCAGCUAACUGUGGGUGCACUCGUUGUGGAGGAAAUGAGGGCCGCCGUGGAGAAAGUUACAGGCUUCAGAUGUUCAGCCGGGAUAUCGCACAAUAAGGUAUUGGCAAAAUUAGCAUGUGGUCUGAACAAACCAAACCGGCAAACUGUUAUACCUUUGGACUCUGUGACAGAACUUUUCAACUCUCUACCAAUCGGCAAGAUACGCAACCUGGGGGGUAAACUGGGAACCUCCAUUACAGAAACUCUGGGAGUAAAGAACAUUGGAGAUCUUACCGGCUUCUCUCAGGCCCAACUGGGACAACACUUUGGAGAAAAGACAGGUCAGUGGCUGUACGAUUUGUGCCGGGGGAUUGACUUUGAAGCGGUGAAACCGAGACAGCUUCCUAAGUCCAUCGGCUGCAGUAAAAACUUCCCUGGGAAGACAUCGCUGUCUACAAAGGAGCAGGUACAGUACUGGCUACGUCAACUGGCGCUUGAGCUGGAGGAGCGGCUGACUAAGGACAAAGAUGUGAAUGGUCGUGUGGCCAAGUUGUUGACGGUUGGUGUGCGUCAGCUUGGUGAUAAGAGGCCGAGCAGCUUCUCUCGAUGUUGUGCUUUAGUGCGCUACGAAGCCACCAAAUUAUCCACUGACAGCUUUGCUAUUAUCAAGAGCCUCAACACAGCAGGGAACCACCAGGCAGCAUGGACUCCACCCCUCACCCUGCUCCAUCUUUCUGCAAGCAAAUUCAGCGAUGCUCCAUCAGCAGGGGGCAUUGCAGGCUUUCUCUCCAACACUCAGUCCUCCACCCAGACACCAUCUCAACAGAAAAACGACCCUGCAUGCAAAAAUCCCAGCUCCAUCCAGUCCUUCUUUCAGAACGUAAAGGAGAAUCAAAGACAGAGGGUUACCAUAGAUCUUGAAGAGGAGGAUGAAGAUAAGGACUGCAGGAUUACCCAACCACCUUCUCAUAAAACCUCUGCUACUGAUACUCAGCUGGAGACGAAUACCAGAUGCCCUGUCCCUUCUCUUACCCUCCACUCUAACUCUAAAAAUGGAUCACCAAGCCCUAAUUCUGGCAUUUCCUCUUUCUUCCAGAAGAAAAGUCUUGAAAGAAAUGUACAGACUUCAGUUUUAACAUGUAAUACGCCUGUUAAUAAAGAAGACACUGAAGAUAUUGAUGCUGUUGAGUCAGAACAACAUGGACAACAAACUGUGUUUGCAUCCCAUCAGUCCCCGUUUGAAAAUGUUAAAGAUGAAGAGGAGAUUGAUCAAGAAUUAAUUAACCAUCCUCCCAAUGUGGCCACAGAAGACCUGUUAACCUGUGAACGCUGUGGCAAAGAGGUGCUGGUCUGGGAAAUGCCUGAACACCAUGACUAUCACUUUGCCCUGGACCUGCAGAAUUCCCUUUCCUCAUCCUCAGGACCGACAACCAACUCUUCCUCUUCCAAUGUCUCUGAAACUCCUCUCAGAGUUGGAACAGCAGGCACAGCUCAGUCCUCCCGGGGAAAGACAAAGAGCAGAGGCAAGUCCGGACCACAACCAAAGCGACAGAAGUCCCAAGGUGGAAGUGCGGGAACUCUGGAUUCAUUUUUCAAAAGGAACUGAAUUUGUGUUGCAGCACUGAUUUUUUUUAAACAAAAUACAAUUAACAUUUUUAAAGAUGCAUAUAUAUCAUUAACAGUUUUUAUGUUUGGUUUUGUGCAUUUGCUCAGAGAAUGGAACGCCAUAAUGACAGGGAUGUGCAACAUAAAACUAAUUUUAAAUAAUCAAUGUUAUUGUCCCUUGUACUUUAAGACAUGUUGAUGUACUGAGAGAAAGUUUAUGCUUUUAGUGAUAUUUUUGACACCAGGGUUUAUGAUGGAUCCUUUUCAUUUUUGUUGCAAUUCCUAGUUUCCUACUUGCCAGCAGAUGGCAGUAAUGAGUGGAAUAAAGAGCUGGAACUUCAUUUGAAUUGCAUCAAGUCUUGCUGUGUAAAUGAGUUACAGAAAAUAUUUGACUUUAAAAGACGAUAAGCAUUUAUUUUUUAAUACUGAUUACCAGCUGUAAGAGAACAAUUGCACAGUUAAAAGCUUAAAUGUCUUUUUUUCCUACUACAAUAAACCCAUUGCUCAGAAUGAGUCAAUUAUU